CUCCCCACCACCAUCCCGCCGCCAGCUCUAUCGCCAAACCCUAGCUCUCCCCCCUCCCCCGAUCUCGCCGACCGGCGACCAUGCCGGUCCCUCCCCACGACGACGACGACCUCCAGCCAGAUCCCGUGACUCCUCCCCACGACAACCGGAUCCGGCCAGGACUGCCGCAACAACACAUGAAGGGCCUCGUAUCCCUGGUCGACAAGCUGCAGCGGGCAUGCACCGCCCUCGCCGACCAGGGCGAGGAGAGUGCCCUCCCCGCCGACUGGAACUGGGACGCGCUUCCUUCAGUCGCUGUCAUCGGAGUCCAGGGUGCUGGAAAGUCUUCGGUGCUGGAGUGCCUCAUUGGAAAAAAUUUCCUACCCAAGGGCAUCACGUGCCGCCCUCUCAUCGUCAAGCUUAAUCAAGUUGAUGGCAUUAAAGAAUAUGCUAUGUUUUCACAUCAGCCCAGUAAAAAGUAUACAUGUUUUGCUGAAGUCAAGGCGGAGAUAGCCCGUUGUUCAAGUGAAAUCUCAGAUGUCCCUGUCCAUCUAAGCAUAUUUGCUUCAGAUGUUGUGAACCUUACUUUUAUUGAUCUUCCCGGGCUUCGUAAAUUUGCUGUUGAUGGUACUGCUCAAAAGAUUGAAAACAUCGUUCGAGCAUUUAUUGAAAAGCCCAACACUAUACUUCUUGCUAUUUCUCCAGCAAAUGAUGAUCUUGCAACUUCUGUUGCAAUUAAAAUAUCUCAAGAAGUUGAUCCUGAUGGUGGAAGAACUUUCGGUGUACUAACGAAGCUUGAUCUAAUGGAUGAGAGCACCGACGCUGUUAAGGUAUUAGAAGGUAGAUCUUAUCCGCUGCCAUAUCGAUGGACUGGUGCUAUCGAUCAUACCCAAAAAGAACGUGGAUUUUUCAUGGAGAAACCAGAGUAUGCUCAUCUGGCUCAUAGGAUGGGAGUGGAGCAUUUGGCCAAGAGUAUCUCGAAGCAUCUUGAAGAUCUUGUAAAAUCGAAAUUUUCUGCCACCAAACUAUUCAAGAGUUUUGAUAUGAAAUCAGCCAAGAAAGGACUGCUGCAGGGUUAUUCAUUGAGGUCCUUUGGUUCUUUCCCUAUUUAUGAAGUAUCGACAGAGGGUCCACCACAUGACAUGCGCUUCAGGUGCACUGUCCGUGUGCGAGACCAGGCAUAUGCAUCACUAUGUGAUCAUCGGCACCUUAGAGAGGCAGAGGAGGAUGCUGCUGCUGUUGCUUACAAGGAUAACUUAGGUGAUGACAACAUUGAUAUGCUCCUGGAAAUGGUCAAUAAGGCCAACUUUCAUGUCACGCAAACACUGAAAGAGUUCACCAUAAAGAAGAGCAUAUGCGAGCCCUGUUUCUCUUCUUCAAUGGUGCACGAGACUAGCAAAAUGACGCGUUGGCUGUCAACGGUGGAAGUUGAUGGCCAGGUCUUUAUUGGUGAGACUGCAAGAAGCAAGCAGCUUUCUGUCCGGAAAGCCGCAUCAUCUGCAAUCACGGCAUUUCUUGAGGAUGGGGACGCCUUGAUGGUGAGUGUAGUCCAGGGGAAACGGCUGGUAAACGCUGUGCCCACGAAGCUGAAGCAUGAUUCUACCAAGAAGCAUCGUCGAAAGAGGAGGAAGAUACGUCAUCAGUAGCUGAAGCAUGAUUCUACCAAGAAGCAUCGUCACCGUCGAAAGAGGAGGAAGAUACGUCAUCAGUAGCUGAAGCAUGAUUCUACCAAGAAGCAUCGUCACCGUCGAAAGAGGAGGAAGAUACGUCAUGAGUAGUAUGUAGGAAAUUAACGGGCGACAAUCUGGUCUGGUAGUAUAACUCUGUUGACGACUGUCAAUUUGGUCUGGUAGUUAACUCUUUGGUUUCAUCUUGGACACCUGCUUAGGGCACAGCAUCCAUGGCUCUUUACAUAAUGACCUACGUAGAUUGUGUUUGCAUACUGAAUCUCAUAGCCGAUAAAAUCUCCUUAUUUUCAUCA